CAUAAACAAAAAUAAAUAAUUAAGUACAAAAAAAUUAAAUUAAAUUAAUAUGACACCAAAAACACACACACACACACACACACACACACACACACACACACACACACACACACAAAUGCAUACACGAACAACGAACAGACCACAGAUACUUCGAUAGUUACACUCAUAAGUUUGGCAGUAAUAUUCGAUCUCUGGCAAAAACAUUUGACAGUCGGCAACAGAAACAAAAACAUUGCAUUAAAAAAAGCGUUCAGUGCAUAGUGCUGCGGAAUGCAGAAAAAACAGCAAAUUGGCGCUCAUAGGAAGAAGAACAAGACCAAAAAUGCAACAGGAGCGUAAUAUGUAAGAAACUGUCCACGCAACCUUUGCUGUCAGACGGUCCAUAAGUGAAAAUCAUCAACAUACCGUAGUAUUACGCGCAACUGAGGAGGACAGGACCAAAAAAUUGAAGAUGUCAAUACAGCUAUGUCAAGCAUUCCCUGUCAACGUGUACAACAGGUUCAAGAAAAUACAUCUGAGACUCCAUAAGACGAUACAGCAUAUAAAAUUCAACAGAACAUGCAAAAAGAACGAUUUAAUUCCAAGCUACAUUAAUGUAAAGGUUAAAAACAGUUCUACAGUGGCACAAAAGUCGAAAUCAUUUGCAGAACGAUAUUGGUUACUACAUGAAAUUAAGAUGCUCUACUCGAAAAAACAUCACCUAAACAUGAUGCUCUAUGAGACUCAUCUAGAAUUGGCAAAAAACGUAGGAAACGCCGCAGUUUUCAUGGCACUAGUAGAAAAAACUGAGCACAACACAUACAUAGCAAUGAAACAUUUACAAAACAAACAUAAACACAAGAUAAUGAAACUAACAGUAAAAAAGACGCAAAAAUACAUUUACAUUUUAAAUGUGAAACCACAUGAACACCAACACUCAUUCCAUCCACGUUUAGUUAACCUAACAGAGACAGAACUACACGAAAACGAAAAAAUGCUCUUGGAAAAAGGUUUGAAACACUGCACCAAUAGCAAGGUGAACAAUCAAUACAUAGAAAAUCUCAUAGUAGAAACCGAACACAUCCUUACACGUGAAGAACAACAAAAUAAUUGUGAAAUAAACAUAGGACUGACAAGAGAACUAGUAAAAGAAGAAAUAAAAGGCAUAAUAAAACAAACACAGCAGACACACAAUAAGAACAACCAAACAGAAGCAGCUACUAUGAAAAGGUUAAAACAAAAGUUAACAAACAACAACGUAUUAAUAACAAGAGCAGACAAGGGAAAUGUAACAGUACUCAUGGAUAAAGAGCAAUACAUCACAAAAACCAAGGAAUACAUAAACACCAACGCAAUACAAAAACUGAAGUCAGAUCCUACUACACGAUUCCAGGCAAAUGUGAAACGAACACUGAAAAACAUUGAACACACACUCACAGACAAACAAAAAUACUACUUAACGCAGAAAAACCCUCAAGCACCAACACUCCGCAGUCAACCAAAAAUACAUAAAGACGGAAUGCCAAUGAGACCUGUUAUCAACUUCAAGAAAGCCCCAACAUACCGCAUAGCCAAACACCUCCAAAAGUUAGUUACAAAACACUAUAAAGUAGAAAACAACAGAACACUGAUAAACACAGGAAACCUAAUAGAAAAUAUACAGAACAUACAGGUACCACACACAGCAUCACUGAUUUCAUUCGAUAUAGAAAAUAUGUAUACCUCCAUCCCUAUCACAGAAACAAUAGAAAUCAUAGAACAAAAUCUCUCAUCCCACAGCAACCUCACCACAGACGCAAUAAAAGAAAUAACAGAUAUGCUCAGACUGACAACUGAACAAAACUACUUUCAGUUUGAGGAAGAAUAUUAUCUACAAACUGAUGGACUGCCCAUGGGAUCCCCAAUAUCAGGAACACUAGCAAACAUUUUCAUCAGUCACCUUGAAAAUCAGAUAUUUGAUAAGAUAACCACAAAUGAAAGUUUCAAAAUCAUAUAUUGGUACAGAUACGUGGAUGACAUUAUUUGUUUGAUAGACGAGCCAAGUGAAAAAAUAGAUGAACUCCAUUCAGAAAUAAACAAAGCUCAUAAGAACAUAAAAUUCACACUUGAAAAAGAAAAAGAAAAUCAAAUAAAUUUUCUUGACAUUACAAUUAAAAAAGAAAAUGGAAAACAUACAUUUAACAUCUUUAGAAAACCAACAGCCACGGACACAAUAAUACAUUCCACAUCCAACCACCCCCAAAGCCAGAAAUUUGCAGCACUAAGACACAUGUUACAUAGAUUAAACAGAUUCCCACUCAGUAAGAGAAACUAUGAACAAGAAAUGAACACGAUCAUACAAAUAGCUAGGAACAACGGGUAUGACACACAUGUGGUACACAGGCUCAAUCAAAAAAUAAAAACACAAAUAAAAAACAAACACAACAUUUCCACAAUACAAAAGAACUCACAAGAUGAAAACUUACAAACACACUCAACAAACACACACAAUGACAACACCACACAGAAAAGAACCAGAUGGUACACCAUGACCUACACACAUAAACUAACACACAGAGUUGCAAACAUCCUAAAGAGACAGGGCUUCAAAAUAGCAUAUAAGCCUGGGCAAACCCUUCAAUCACACCUAAUCACAUUGGAUCGGAUCAAGCCAGUGUUUCCACAGAAUGAAAACGAGAGAAGACAGAAAAAUCAGCAACAAGAGGUGUUCCUGUACCCCAUGAACACCUCUAUGAACUAG